AUGUCAAACGCCACAUCAAAUGACUUAUUUGAUACUCCGUGUGACAACGAUUAUUCACUGGAGAUGACACGAUUUAUCGUCCAAAAGAUUCUAGUGCCUUUUAUUACAUCUAUCGGAUUUGUUGGAAACCUUCUCUGUAUUAUUGUUCUCACUCACAAGUCCAUGGUGUCGUCUACGAAUUGCUAUCUUACCGCGCUAGCUAUUUUUGAUAUUUCCUACCUUAUUCUUAGUUUCACAUUGAGUUUGAAACAUUACGCUGUUGUGAAGAGUUUGGAAGCCUAUACUUACUGGUAUCCAUACGCAAGAACAUUUACAGACAUAUGUAGCAACGUUUCCGUAUGCCUUACUGUCACAUUUUCCUUAGAACGCCUGAUUGCUGUGUGUUAUCCGAUGAAGGGUAGGGUAAUAUGUACGCCACAAAGAGCUAGAUUUAUAACACUCCUAGUUGUGACCUUUGCUGUUAUCAGCACAUUCCCGGAAUUUUUCGAAAUGAAAACGGUAAGAAUCAAGAACAACAAUACUGUAGUACUUAAGAACACGGAGACAGAUUUCGCCAAAACUGAUGCCUACAAAAUCUUUUACUACCACUAUUUGGUGCUAACUUUCACAUUUUUGCCGUUUAUUUUAUUGUCGACCUUUAAUGGUAUUUUGGUGAGAACAGUUUACUCUGCAAUGAGAAUAAGAAAGCGUAUGACUAAUUCAUAUUCCUCAAAUAAACAAAACGCCCGUCGACAAGCGGAACAAAAUAGAAUCACAAUUAUGCUUAUUGGCGUUGUGAUAGUUUUUCUUCUGUGUCAAUCGCCAAACGCUGCAUUGAUACUUUAUUUAACCUACCUUGACUCUAACGAUAUGCUUCUAACAGCUUGCGAAGCAAACAACGUCAAGAUCGCCGGAAACGUCGUAAAUAUGAUGGUACUUAUCAAUGCAUCGAUAAACUUCAUACUUUAUUCAGCUAUGAUUGAAAUGCCGGAAAAGGGUAAAAACAAAAGGAAAAAGAGCAGUGAAGGUGAAACUCCAAGACCAAAAAAGACAAACAAAGAACAAAUUCAGGCGAUAAACUCAAGAGGCUUAUAUAGGAAAAAUACCAUAGACUCUGACUCGAUAAUUGCAGCAAUUUCGAACAAGAGUGGAAUGCAGCCGGGGAUCCCGUACCCUACAGCCAUGUCAACCCCAAUGACAAACCCUGCAAUGCACGGCUUAUAUCCCAGCGGUGUUAAGCAUUCGCAGAUGGGCGCGACAUCGAAAACCGGAACAAGAAGUAAAGCCGGAAAAUCACCAAUGCUGAUAUAG